AUGUUAAGUAUACAGCGUGAAAGAAUUAUUGGUGCAUAUCUUAGUGGCAUCAGACAAAAAGUUAUUUCAGCUCAACUAAAUAUUUCUUCUAGUACAUUUGCUCCUCUUGGUAAUAUCACGGAUAAGUUAAAUUCUAGGCUUAACACUACUUUGCACUAUAAUAUUGUUAGAAAAUACCUUCAUGAUGAAGGUUUUAGUAGUUAUGCUACGUGCAAAAAACCUCUUUUAACUGAAAAACAACAAAAAAAUAGAUUUAAAUGGUUUGGACCUUUGGUUGUAGUAGAAAGAAAUAUGAAUUCUGAUGAUUAUGUUAAUGUUCUUGCUAAUUAUUUUAUACCUUAG